AUGGCUUCACACAUCGUCCGACGAGUCCUUCGAAGCAGCAGCCGCCCUAAUGAUUUCUUCUCUAAAUCAUCACUGUCUAAGAUUUUCGAUCGCAGUUUCUCCUCGGAGUCGAAUUUGAUUCGCGCCACUCUCUUUCCCGGCGACGGUAUUGGACCUGAGAUUGCUCAGUCCGUCAAAGAGGUGUUCAAAGUUGCCGAGGUACCAAUUGAAUGGGAGGAACAUUAUGUGGGGACGGAGAUUGACCCUAGAACUCAAAGUUUUUUGACAUGGGAAAGUCUUGAAUCCGUGAGGCGUAAUAAGGUUGGUCUAAAAGGGCCAAUGGCCACACCCAUUGGUAAAGGGCAUCGUUCCCUCAACCUGACGUUGAGAAAAGAGCUGAAUUUAUAUGCCAAUGUUAGACCUUGCUACAGCCUUCCAGGUUACAAGACUCGAUAUGAUGAUGUUGACCUCAUCACCAUCCGUGAGAACACAGAAGGAGAAUACAGUGGUCUGGAGCAUCAAGUGGUGAGAGGUGUUGUUGAAAGUCUUAAGAUCAUUACGCGUCAAGCCAGUUUGAGGGUAGCUGAGUAUGCUUUCCACUAUGCAAAGGCCCAUGGAAGGCAGAGAGUAUCUGCAAUCCACAAAGCCAAUAUUAUGCAGAAAACUGACGGCCUUUUCCUUAAGUGCUGUCGCGAGGUUGCAGAGAAGUAUCCCGAGAUAACAUACGAAGAAGUUGUUAUUGACAAUUGCUGUAUGAUGCUUGUGAAGAAUCCAGCACUUUUUGAUGUCUUGGUGAUGCCAAAUCUUUACGGUGACAUUAUUAGUGACCUGUGUGCUGGUUUGAUUGGGGGCUUAGGCUUAACACCAAGCUGUAAUAUUGGUGAGGGAGGUAUUGCUCUUGCGGAGGCAGUACACGGUUCUGCACCAGAUAUUGCUGGAAAGAAUAUGGCAAAUCCAACUGCUUUGCUUUUAAGUGCUGUCACAAUGCUUCGCCAUCUGGAACUUCAUGAUAAAGCAGAGCGUAUCCAGGCUGCUAUCCUGAAUACAAUUGCAGAAGGGAAAUAUCGAACUGCUGACCUUGGUGGUAGUUCGUCCACAACUGAUUUUACAAAAGCAAUUUGUGACCAUCUCUGA